UCCACAGAAGAGGAUUAAACAGAUAUCUUAAAGAUACUAAGAUACCAAGAUACUAACUACAGAACUUCCUUGAGAACAUUUCAUUUAAAGUUCGCUGAUUUUUUUGUUUUUUUUUUUUGCCAAUCCAUUUUUUUGGCCCGAGUGAUCGGCGUGUUUGUUCAGAGCCAAGAAUUUAGUGCCAUGUUUCAGGACAAAGGAUGGAUCCUGGUGACCCUGAUCGCCCUGGCCACGCCCUCGUGGGCGGCCUAUAAGCUCCAGGAGCGGUACAACUGGAACCAGCUGGACUUCGCCUUCCCGAAUGCCCGCCUAAAGGAGCAGGCUCUGGCCAGUGGCGAUUAUAUCCCCCAGAAUGGUCUUCCCGUGGGUGUCGAGCACUUUGGCAACCGCCUCUUCGUCACAGUUCCCCGCUGGCGAGAUGGAAUUCCAGCCACUCUGACUUAUAUCAACAUGGAUCGCACUCUGACGGGUUCGCCGGAGCUGAUUCCCUAUCCGGAUUGGCGUUCGAAUACGGCCGGAGAUUGUGCCAAUAGUAUCACCACGGCCUAUCGCAUCAAGGUGGACGAGUGCGGUCGUCUGUGGGUCCUGGACACCGGAACCGUGGGCAUUGGCAACACCACCACCAAUCCCUGUCCCUAUGCCGUCAAUGUUUUCGACCUGACCACCGAUACGAGGAUUCGGAGGUACGAACUGCCCGCCGUGGACACCAAUCCGAAUACCUUCAUCGCCAACAUUGCCGUGGAUAUUGGCAAGAGUUGCGAUGAUGCCUAUGCCUAUUUCGCCGAUGAGUUGGGCUAUGGUUUGAUUGCCUACUCUUGGGAACUGAACAAGUCCUGGAGAUUCUCGGCCCACUCGUACUUCUUCCCGGAUCCCCUGAGGGGUGACUUCAAUGUGGCUGGAAUUAACUUCCAAUGGGGCGAGGAGGGUAUCUUCGGCAUGUCCCUGUCGCCGAUUCGAUCGGACGGCUAUCGCACCCUGUACUUCAGUCCCCUGGCCAGUCAUCGCCAGUUCGCCGUCUCCACGAGGGUUCUGCGGGAUGAGACCAGGACGGAGGACAGUUACCACGACUUUGUGGCCCUGGAUGAACGUGGUCCGAAUGCCCACACCACCUCGCGUGUGAUGAGCGAUGAUGGCAUCGAGUUGUUCAAUCUGAUUGAUCAGAAUGCCGUGGGCUGCUGGCACUCAUCGAUGCCGUACUCCCCGCAAUUCCAUGGCAUUGUGGAUCGCGAUGAUGUGGGCCUGGUGUUCCCGGCUGAUGUGAAGAUCGAUGAGAACAAGGAUGUGUGGGUUCUGUCCGACAGGAUGCCCGUCUUUCUGCUCUCCGAUUUGGACUAUGCCGAUAUCAACUUCAGGAUUUACACGGCUCCGUUGGCCACCUUGAUUGAGAAUACAGUGUGCGAUCUGAGGAACAAUGCCUAUGGACCGCCGAAUGCCGUUUCGAUUCCAAAACAACCCACGCUGCCCGUUGGACCGCCCUCGUAUAACAAGAACUAUCGUCCUGCACUGCCCCAGAAACCGCAGACCAGCUGGGUUUCAUCGCCACCGCCGCCGAGUCGCACCUACUUGCCAGCCGGCAACUCGGGAAAUGUGGUCUCCAGCAUCAGUGUGUCCACAAAUGCCGUGGGCCCUGCCGGAAUUGAGGUGCCAAAGGCCUAUAUCUUCAACCAGCACAAUGGCAUCAACUACGAGACGAGUGGCCCCCAUCUGUUCCCCACCCAUCAGCCCGCUCCAUCGGGCGGACAGGAUGGCCUGAAGACCUAUGUGAACUCCCGCCAGUCUGGCUGGUGGCACCACCAGCAUCAGGGUUAACAUUAACCCGUGCACGGUUCAUGGGCAUCUUCACAAUCACACACGCUUGAUGAUAGGAUAUUUAAAUCAUGAGGAAACGAAUCAUAAACACGGGGCAACAGCGGUAAUUUAAGACAAAUCCCACGAUGUUUUGGCAAGUGGCAAUUCAAGAAUUUCACCUAGUUUUGUAUUUUAAGCAAGAAAUAAAUAAAUAAUU